CCUGUGGUAAUGUCUUCUGAUAUGUGAUAAGAAAAUUAAAAGGACGAGCAGUAAUUUAUAUAAACGUUAAGUAUGGCGCUACCCGCAGCACAGCCUGCCGAAAUUUUACGUGCCUGGCAGAAAGAUGAUCUUUAUGAAAAACAAUUGGCAGGCUCAUUAUCGAGAUUAUUACCACCUCAUCAUACUGCUAAAGCAGUACCUACGUCUUCUGUGUUAUACAAAUCAUUGACAACGCUACGAGAUUUGCAGACGCUCGGUGAAGAAUAUUCUGGUAUUGUACAAGUGGAUGAUACGUAUCACAAAUUACCAUCCUUCUCCAAUAGACUAUUGAGCAUUUUAUUGUCCACGUUCGGCGAGAAUAUCACAAGGGGUCUCCUUCGUCAAGUUGAGAAACAAGUUGAACAAAAUGUAUCCUUAAAACCUCAGGCACAGAAUUUUUUCCUUGUUAUUUUACGAGCAUUAGGUAAUAUGUUACCGCAAAUCGAAAGUAUCCAUAGAGCACUGUCAUAUAUAAACGGAGGUCCUCUCCAGAUUUCAAAGACAGCUACUGGUAUAAAUUAUGUCCAUGUGAGGCCAGCAGCUUCAGCGUUCUAUGCCCAUUUACGAUUAUUAGGCAUUGUGACGUUGUUACACGCGUUUAUUAGCUGCGGCAACAGUGUGUAUCAAGCAAAGAAACAUUUGGAACAAAUGGCUGACUUUCCCAAUGAAGUGGACAGUAGUAAAUCUUGUGUAGCAUGUUUGGAGGAGAUAGUUCAGCCUUGUGUAUUACAGUGUGGUCAUUACUUUUGCAUGCAAUGUUGUUAUGGAGCUUUGGAAACAUGUGCACUGUGUAGAACACCCUUUACUAAGAAUACUGUUGUGCCUUUGAUGAAUUACUCUCCUAGUGUUAAAUAAUAUACAGCAAUAAUUAUAUUCUAAAAUAAUUAAGUUUUAACACCAAUGGUUACGCAAAAGAUGUGGGAUUUGAAAAAAUAUUAAGGCAAAAAUAAUUUUAUAUUUUUAAGCAUACUGAAAAGGGAUAAAAUUGCAUUAAAUUGGGAGUUUCUAAAGCUAAA